AUGGCCAGAACUAAGCAAACAGCCAGAAAGUCUACCGGUGGUAAGGCCCCCAGAAAGCAAUUAGCCUCCAAGGCUGCCAGAAAGUCUGCUCCAGUCUCUGGUGGUGUCAAGAAACCUCACAGAUAUAAGCCAGGUACCGUCGCCUUGAGAGAAAUCAGAAGAUUCCAGAAGUCUACUGAACUCUUGAUCAGAAAGUUGCCAUUCCAGAGAUUGGUCAGAGAAAUCGCCCAGGACUUCAAGUCCGACUUGAGAUUCCAGUCCUCCGCUAUUGGUGCUUUGCAAGAAGCUGUCGAAGCCUACUUGGUCUCCUUGUUCGAAGACACCAACUUGUGUGCCAUCCACGCCAAGAGAGUCACUAUCCAGAAGAAGGACAUCCAGUUGGCCAGAAGAUUGAGAGGCGAAAGAUCCUAGGCUAGAUUAUAUGGUAUAUAUGUUUCACUGUAUUAGUAUGAUCGGGUAGUAGUGGUUCUUUUCUUCUUGUUGUCUUUAGUCUUCCUUUACUUGGUAAAGGAUAGCAGCUGUGUAUUUGUUUCAGGUUUAAACAAUGAUUUAUUCUACGGGUGUAA